CAAAACGGAGCGAUGCGGACGCCGUGCGUAACCAAAGUACAAACUAGAAUUCCAAUAAGUUAGACACUAGGGCUAAUUCCACCCCCCACCCCCCGUUGACAAUAAAACUUCUAGCUUUAGUUAGAGUCUAAGGAACACCAUAUUAUGGUGCCGCAGGCCGUUAGACUGCUGCAGGCCUCACUGGCCUCGCAGUGGAGACGCCGCACUAAGCUGCAUCCCAUGGCCAAGGGCGCUUUGACAUACGCAGUGAUGUGGCCAACGGGCAGCAUUAUCCAACAGACGCUGGAGGGCCGCAAGCCAAGUGAUUACGACUGGGCGCGUGCCCUACGCUUUAGCCUCUUUGGAGCUUUGUAUGUGGCUCCGUCGCUGUAUGGAUGGGUGAGACUAACCAGCGCCAUGUGGCCACACACAAACCUGCGCACGGGUAUAGUCAAGGCCAUCACCGAGCAGCUAUCCUACGGACCCUUUGCCUGCGUCAGCUUCUUUAUGGGCAUGAGCCUGCUGGAGUUUAAGACCUUCAGCCAGGCGGUGGACGAGACCAAGGAGAAGGCCUUGCCCACCUAUAAGGUUGGCGUAUGCAUAUGGCCCUUCCUGCAGACCAUCAACUUCUCACUGGUGCCGGAGCACAAUCGCGUGGUAUUUGUGAGCAUUUGCAGCCUGAUGUGGACCAUCUUUUUGGCCUACAUGAAGACGCGUCACGAGGAGGAGGAGCAGCAGCAACCUGUCGUUAAUCCCUGAAUUAGAUAGAUUUUUAGCUUA